AUGGAUAAUAUAAGGGAUAUCAAUACGAAGAAGGAAUCUAAUAAGUCAAAAAAUGUUUCGGAACAUUUUAUAGAACUUUGUUUGAGGGAUUUGAUAGUGGAGGAGAAUUGGAAUUCUACAGAAAGUAAACACUACAGAAAUUUAUUGAAUUUGUAUCAUCGGAAAAUGAAUGAAUGCCAGACACAAAAAAAUAAAUUGAAAGUGAGCGAUAUUGAAAUAGAGCGUCUCAUACUAGCCGUCAGUAAUUUGAUGUCAAAACUAGAAAAAUUACUGACCAGUGGAUAUGGUGACAAAAUAUUAUGUCCAGUAUCGUUUCCAGAUGGCUGCGAUGGUAACGAUGGUCGUGACGACGCCACUAGUUUGGAAGUGAGUCAUACAAUCUGAUAGUUGCAUGGAAUACCUUAUGAAAGUGUGAAAGAGGUUAGGUCAGGCUUUAACCUUUUUAAAAAAUGAUUCUUAUCAAAAUUCAAUUAUCCAAGUUUUGAAGGGCAUAAAAAUUUAUGAUUUUUACAAAAUUCUAUCUUACAAUUUAUAAAAAAAAAGUGCAUUAAAUUUAAUUUUUUUUUACUUCUUAGUAUGAAUUAUAAUGAACUUUCUAUCAAAUUUUCAAUCAUUUCUGUUUAGUAUAAAUAUUUUAUUUACAGAGUACUUACCAAAUAAAUAUUACGUAAAAUCUUACAAAAUUAAAAAUGUCUAUGAAAAAUUCAAAAAUGGCUAAAUGUCUUGUAAAUUGUAUCACGUAUAGAAAAAGCGAAUAUAGGUUUCUGUCAAGUUCCUAUGAAUAUUUUGAAAUUAAUUAUUACCUAAAAAAACAAAAUUAAAAAUAAUAAAAGCAUUAUUUUCGUAAAUUGUUCUGUUCUUCCUAAAACUGCUUGGAAAAUAAAAAAAAUGAUCUUACUAAAGUAAACGCACGCAAUAGGUACGUUAUAUAUUGAUAUACAUAAAACGAUAUACUUAUAUACGACCAUAUUGUGACCAGAUGUAAAAAUCCAAAAAAAUGUACAUUUUAAAAUUUAGGUCCUCCCUUGAAAGAAUUAGCCCAUGUGUAUUGUGUAUACUAUUCUACCUAUUUUACCCAUAGCUUAUUUCCAUCUAUAUAUAUUUUUUUUUUAUCUGAUUAUUAUGUUAUUAUUUUUUAAAUUAUCAACAUUAAAAACUAAUUAUUUGAAAUCAUAAUGACAAUUCAUUUGGUCUGUGUCUUUAUGAUGAAAAUAAUUAUAAAUUUAAGUAACUUUAAGUCAUCUUAACGUACACAGGUAUAAUUAAAGUACACAUAUUUAAAUUAAUUUUUAAAGGUAAACAUUUAAAUAAAUAAAUACGAAACUUUAUCAAUAUAUGUUACCAACAUAUUUAUAUUUUUUUUAUUUAUUAUUUAUAAUUUUCAAAAAAAAAAGUACAAUUUUUAUAUACGUAACACUAUUGUCAAGGAUAUAGGAUAACAUAUCAAUAAAGAGUACUAUUCUAUGAAAAAUAGUACUUCUGAUCACCAUAUGUAUAAUAGUUGAUUUAAAGUCACAAUAUUAUUAUUCUGUAAUAUGCAUUUACAGUUUCUCAAAAUCAAUAAAACAUACAAUUCUAUGCAAAUGGAAAUAGUAUCAUUUCAUUCAGUAUAACGUCUCUAGGGCCCCUUAUUCUUGAAUUGCUGUGAUAAUUUAUUACGUGUGAUAUUCAUAAAUUAUCAUAUGAAUAUCACAACUAUCGGUUUUGGUAUUCUUGAAUUAGUUUUUGAUAAUUAAAACGAUACAUGCCUAACCAUCUUACUGGUGAUAUUGGUUACCAGUGAUAACUCAUCACUGUUAUUAUCAGUUUAAUCUAAUUCGUCUGUUGUUCCAUUCUUUAGAUAUUUUUACCUUAUUGGCUUAUCUUGCCAAAAGUAAUAUAGAUGCAGCAUUCUGAAUAAAAAUUAAAGAGUAAAUAGACUCCUUUUUCAGUGUUAUCAUUUUACCAAAAUUGAAAUACUGUAACAAUAUGAGGGCAUCUUGCAGUUCGGCCCCGCGAGAUAACAGCCAUAUUUAUCUCAUACAACAAGCGCUUAAAUCAAGGUCACCCGAAAAAGCAGGAGUACUAACUUUGAAAUAUAAAAAUUCCCAUUUUUAUUAUGCAGCUAUCACAAAAAGAACGUUAUAUUCUAAUAUACAUUAAUAAUUUUAAUUAUAUUUAAAAGUAUUUUAAGCAGCUUUUGUACAUUUCUAAAUUUUUAAGAGUAUUAAAAAUAAAUAACAAUAGAUAAUAAAGAAAAAUAAAUUAUAAAUUAAACUACAUUUAUAUGGCCACUGGUUAUGGUUAAGUGUUAAUCAUUUUUAGAUAUAGUUUAUACUUAAUUUUAGAAUUAAUUAAUCUAUUACCGAAUUCAGAAGUAAGAUUAUUAUCGACCAACGGACUGAUUAUGGAUAAAUACUGUACCUUAUCCAGGAGCAGGGUGACAAAUUUAUAAACUCCAAAUUCGUAAUGAUAAUAUCAAUUCUAUGAUUUAUUUAUUAAUUUUAAAAUGUAUUAAUAAUUAAUUUACAGUUAUAGAAUGGUUAAUAAAAUAGUUUAUUUGUAACUAAUAGUAUUUCCAGGAAAAAAUGUUACUUCUUAUUUAAGUUCAAUGUGAUCUAACGGAACAAAUUUUCGUAAAUAUACACCUUUUUAGUGUCAAUAGUUGAAGGUUGAAUUUUGUUACACGACCGUCAUAGGGAUCGCCGCCUCUUUAUUACUCUACGGUUAUUAUUUACAAAUUAUCUUGGCCAUUAUCUUUUAAUUCAUCGUAAUUUCGUGAUGCUACUUGUUACUCGUGCAUUUAUAGUUAACAAUUAUUUUUUAUUUAUCUUAUUAAACGAAAUCGAAUUAAGACAAUUUAGAAAAUAAAGAAUAUGCUUCCUUUAAAUUACCGAAAACCAAACCGCAAUUAAUGGUUUAAUGAUUUUUUUUUUUUUAUUGUCAGAUAACAUUUUAAUAAAAAAAAUUAUAGACUGACUCAGUGAGAGUAAAAAUUGUGGAACAUUUACCUUCUUAAAGCAUGUUUUCCGGUCAUUAUACCGAUUAACCGCCGUAUUUUAGAAACCAUCAUUUAUCCUUUUAUUUUGUCUUUAAAUUAUUUUAAAUUAGUAUUAUGUACUUAAUAAAGUUAAAUAAUAAGUUUCAUAGAUACAUAACUCACGAACUGAAAAUUAUAUUCAAUACCUACUGAUAAAGUAUUAAUUUCAAAUGAUAUAAUGCAUUAACGCUACAUUGAUUCAUGUAAAAUACCACAUACCAUUUUGUUUUUGUUUAUCAUAUAACUCAUUUAUUUUGAUUUCCCGUUCAAAAGGCUUACUAAUACAACUAAUGUACAAUAUAAUUCAAAUAAAACAGGAAUUCACAAAAAAGCUAAUGGACAACCUGUGUGCGUGUGAAAAUCUGACUGAAGAAGUGUCAGGAAAACUGGCCGUUGUCAAAGCCUUGCUGGCUCAGUCGGAGAAUGAUGAAGAGCAUCUGAGGAACAGGGUGAAAGCGUUAAUUACGAUUGGGUGCGAAUCGGCACAGAUCAAGUCCUGGGACAGGGACGAGGAUGAAAUCCGGACGGAGGUAGAUAGAAUGUCGGAUGAGUUGAUGAACGAUGGCGGAACGGAUGUGCGGAACUUGAGAUUGACGACCGAGCGAAAAACCGAGGCCUUAGACGAGACGGUGAUCCCCAUCAUGGACGGUGCGAUAGACACGCUGAGGUGCGUGUCUACGAUAGUAGCAGACAACAUCAGACUGGCGACCGAGUUAGAAGGAAGUAGGGUAGCCGAGGAAACGUUGGGCGUCAAACUUAUCGCGCUGCGGUCCGCGGACGAGUGUCGUCAACGCACCGGUUCGAUGACCGUGGCGACGGAGGAGGAAAACGCGCAACGGCAGCAAUUUCGGAAUGAGAAACAGCGGCCGUGUUCGUCAUCGUCAUCGAUUGGCGACUAUAACAGUCCGGAAUGCACGGUAUCUCGCGUGUCGUCAUGCGCGACUUUGGUCUGCGAUUAUCAUACAGACGGCCGGACAAGGCUAACGUCAUCGAGUUCGUUGUCCGUCGUCGACGGGUCAGCCGUUUAUAAUAAUUAUAACGGUGAUUUUCAACGAUCCCGUUCGUUGGAACUCAUAACUCCGUGUGUCUCCAUUGAAUCCGUCGAUAAAUCAUUUUAA